AUGAAGAAACAGUGUGGAGGCGGCUUUCUGUCGACACCUCCUCCAGCGUUGCUGUUCAGACACCACAUGAGGGACUUUACAGGGGACCCCCCUGAGCCUUUGGAGCCUGCUGGGCCCCGUCAGGGAUCCUUCCGUCCGCCCGUCUCCAGCCUGGCCUGCACCCUGCAGCCUCCAGGGACACGUAUGCGUGACACACAGAGACUCACAGAGACAGAGACACAGAGAGUCAGAGACACACAGAGACACACAGAGGCACACAGAGACACACAGAGACACACAGAGACAGAGACACACAGAGACACAACCUCUGUCAGAGACACACACACCGUCCACCCAGAGAAUAUCUGCCACCCAGCGAGCAGCAGAAGCAGGAUGCAGCGGUGGAAAGGCCGGGUGGAGGACAGUGGGGAGUGGAACCGGGCCGUCCUGGUGUCUGUGGCACAGUUUGUCCCCGGGGUGAGUCUGGGGAGGAGGCCUGGGGCCAACAAGGACACCAAGACUCUCCACCGCACCCUCAGCAAGCUGGGCUUCAAGGUGGACAUCCACAGCGACCUGAGCGGGGACGAGAUCUACCAGCUGUUCCUGAAAGGUAACGCAGCGUUUGGACCCCUCCAUCCUGUCCUCCUCCUCCCCUCCAUCCUGUCCUCAGGUUACGGGGCGUUCAUGCACCCUCUGGGCUCCGUCUUCCUGCAGACCUUCUGCUCCUUGUUGAAGGAGGAGGGGAACCGGGACCUGGAGCUGACGCGCCUGAUGACGCGUCUGUCCCACCGGGUGGCCUACAGCUUCCAGGCCAAAGGCCCGAGGCUCGCUGGGAAGAAAGAGAUGCCGUGUCUCGUCUCGCGCCUGACCAGAGACGUCUUCCCGUUCGCCGAGCCGGGGACAGACAGCGGCGCCAAGGAGCUCUCGGCCGCCGCCCUGCUCCACACUCAACACUUGUCCCCACGUCGUCCGUCUAUCAGUUAGCAGCAGAGUGGACGGGACAGUCCUAAUCAGCAGGUGUCCACACGUCCUCCGUCCAUCAGUUGGCAGCAGAGUGGACGGGACAGUCCUAAUCAGCAGGUGUCCACACGUCCUCCGUCCAUCAGUUGGCAGCAGAGUGGAUGGGACAGUCCUAAUCAGCAGGUGUCCACACGUCCUCCGUCCAUCAGUUGGCAGCAGAGUGGACGGGACAGUCCUGAUCAACAGGUGUCCACACGUCCUCCGUCCAUCAGUUAGCAGCAGAGUGGACGGGACAGUCCUGAUCAACAG